UGAACAUCUUUUUCCACUUUUUACAAUUUUUAGCAGCUGAAAGGGCAAUAAGAUAGAACAUCAUGACCCUACUCCUAUUAUAUUAAAAGGUUGUAAUAAAGCAAAAGCAAGAAAGUUAGCUCAAAUGGAUUAGAAAAAGCAAGGAGUGCACAGCAGCAAAGGUGAUAUAGAAAAGCAAGAAACUCCCCACCUUCUACUAAAAGGCUAAAAUACAGUCCCAAUUGGAAGAGAAGAUGAUGAUGAUCAGAAACCAAGAAAAUCCCAGAAAUAAGUCCUUUGGUAUCUCAGAUGAUCACAUUAUCCCUACUUCUAUAUGUCCAACCUGGAAACUGUACGAGAACCCUUUCUAUAAUUCACAAAAGCAACGUCACAACCCCACAAUUCCACAUCAAGAAGAAACCAACCACACUCUAUUCAAAAGUCAUAACAAUAAGCAAAUUCAUCGACUAAACCUCCCCAUAUCUGCUAGGAAAAUUGCAGCAUCUUUUUGGGAUCUUACCUUUAUUAGACCUUUCAUGGAUUCGGAGCUUGAAAUGUCUCGAGCCCAAAUCGCUGAAUUGAAGGCUAAGUUAGAACAUGAGCGAAAGGCACGUAGAAAGUUGGAAUCAAUGAACAAGAAGAUUGCAAGAGAGUUGUCUGAAGAGAGAAAAGGGAGAGAAGCAUUGGAGCGAGUCUGUGAAGAACUUGCCAAUCAUAUAUCGUUGGAUAGAGCAGAGAUCAGUCGAUUGAGGAAAGAAACGGAAGAAGAGAGGAAAAUGCUAAGAAUGGCUGAGGUUAUGAGAGAGGAACGAGUCCAAAUGAAGCUUAAUGAUGCUAAAUUUUUAUUAGAAGAGAAGUUGUUAGAAUUGGAAGAAACUAAAAAAAUGUUGCCAUCUAAUGCCAAGACUGAAGCCAAAAUUCAACAAGACAUGAACCAUAACAUCUCAUCAGCUGCAUGUGAUCAAGAAACAAAGAAAAGGUGUGAAAUAGUUGAUCAGAAGUCCAUUUGCAAUAGUACAAGUCAGGGAAACAGUGCUUCUUUUAAUUACCAAGUGACAAUUCAUAGAAGAAACCAAUCACCAGAACCUGAAAAUCCACAUAUCAAACGAGGGAUCAAAGGAUUUGUCGAAUUUCCAAAGGUUGUCCGAGCCAUUAGUUCUAAGAGCAGACAUUGGGGUACAAAAUUGGAGUGUCAAAAGGCUCAGCUAAGGAUAUUACUGAAACAGAAGUGUCCUAUUCGAUCCAAUGGUCUAAUGACAAGCUAAUAUGCAUAAAGUUUGUAACUUUGGUGUGCCAUUUUUUUUCUUCUUUAAGUCUUGAUUGAAUUUUCUCUUAGGCCUAGAGCGAGAAUAUAUUGUUUUCGUGAUAUAUGAGUUUAUGUGAUUUUGUUAUAAUGUAAAUGUAAAAUCUUAUAUGAAGUAUGAUCUAUAGUUCACUUGGAAGCUAGAUGAUCAUGGUUGUACCCUUGGUAUCA